GUGACUAGACAGCUGUCAAGUUUUUUUGCAAGCAAAAGCUAGUUUGUUUAUCUAACCUAUUGGUAAAAUUUAUGUGAGAAAACCAAAUGUUUAGUUUAAAGUAUUUAGGUGUUCCUCAAGCUUUAUAUAUAAUUUAUAUUUAUUUCACAAAUUUAGUUUCGGGAAAUUACUAUUGUGAAUUUGGAAUAUGUGAAGAUGAUCAAUAUUGCUGUGGAGAAAACAGAUGUUGUAAAAAAACGGUACAAGUUUGGUAUUUUUGGGCUGGCAUACUUUUGAUAGUUAUAGCAUUUUUUGUAGCAAUUGGUUUCUAUAUUGGAAGAAAGAAAAACAACAACGGCUACAAAAGGGUGCUUUGUGAUGAGAAAGAACCAGUUCUGUAAUGAUCGCUUAAUUAGUAUAUUAUGUCCAAUGCAUAACUUUUCUAUAGAUAUUCACAUUGAGAAUCCUUAUAUUUUUCUUAAGCUUUCCAUGUGUAGUCUAGUCAGAUUUACAUAUUAUACACCUAACUAAUAAAUAUAUUUUUCUUAAAA